CCUGUCGCCCGGUCUGGAUGUUGAGGGAAGCUCUGCCGGUCUUUUAGCCAAGUGUAGCAUCUGCAUUUUUAACAGUGCCAGCUGCCGUCAGGGUGCACAGUGCGUGGUAUCUUUAAACGUGGCAAAAGAAGGCAUUGGACAUACGAUAAAUAAGGAAGAUGGCGGCCAACGCGGCGACGAUGCGCGUCCUGAUCAAAGGCGGGAAGGUGGUGAACGACGACUUCACGCAGGAGGCGGACGUGUACAUCGAGAACGGCAUCAUCCAGCAGGUGGGGCGGGAGCUGAUGAUCCCGGGCGGGGCCAAGGUGAUUGACGCCACGGGCAAGCUGGUCAUCCCCGGCGGCAUCGACACCAGCACCCACCUGCAGGAGAGCUUCAUGAACGCCACCACCGUGGACGACUUCUACAGCGGCACCAAGGCUGCCCUGGCCGGUGGCACUACCAUGGUGAUCGGGCACGUCCUGCCGGAGAGGGACGCGUCCCUGCUGGACGCGUACGAGAAGUGCCGCGCCAUCGCUGACCCCAAGACCUGCUGCGACUACGCCCUGCACGUGGGCGUCACCUGGUGGGGGCCCAAGGUGCGGGCGGAGAUGGAGACCCUGGUUCGGGAGCGGGGGGUGAACUCCUUCCAGAUGUUCAUGGCCUACAAGGACCUGCACAUGCUGCGGGACUGCGAGCUGUACCAGGCCUUCCAGACCUGCAAGGACAUCGGCGCCGUGGCGCGCGUCCACGCGGAGAACGGCGAGCUGGUGGCCGAGGGAGCCAAAGAAGCUUUGGAUCUGGGCAUCAGUGGUCCAGAGGGUAUUGAAAUAAGCAGACCUGAGGAGCUGGAGGCCGAGGCCACCCACCGCGCCAUCACUAUCGCCAACAGGGCCCACUGCCCGCUCUACCUGGUCAAUGUGUCCAGCAUGUCUGCAGGGGAUGUCGUGUCCUCGGCUAAGAUGCAGGGUAAGGUGGUGCACGCAGAGACCACCACGGCGCACGCGGUGCUGAACGGGCUGCACUACUACCACCAGGACUGGGCACACGCUGCAGCCUACGUCACUGUGCCCCCGCUGCGCCUGGACCCCAACACGCCCAACUACCUGAUGAGCCUUCUGGGAAACGACACGCUGAACGUGGUGUCCUCGGACCACCGGCCCUUCACCACCAAGCAGAAGGCCAUGGGCAAGGAGGACUUCACCAAGAUCCCCCACGGCGUGCCGGGCAUCCAGGACCGCAUGAGCGUCAUGUGGGAGCGCGGCGUGGUCGGAGGCAAGAUGGAUGAGAACCGCUUCGUGGCAGUGACAAGCUCCAAUGCCGCCAAGAUCUACAACCUGUACCCCAGGAAAGGGCGGAUCAUCCCGGGAGCGGACGCUGAUGUGGUGGUGUGGGACCCCGACGCGACCAGGACCAUCUCCGCGGCGACGCAGGUGCAGGGCGGCGACAUCAACCUCUACGAGACCCUGCGUUGCCAUGGCGUUCCCCUGGUAACCGUCAGCCGCGGGCGGGUGGUGUGCGAGAACGGGGUGUUCAUGUGCGCGGAGGGUUCCGGAAAGUUCUACCCGCUCAGGACCUUCCCCGACUUCCUGUACAAGAAGAUGGUCCAGAGAGAAAAGUGCCAAGCUCUGAAGGGUGUGGAGCGGGCCCCCUACGUUGGCGAUGUUGCCAUCGUGCACAACUCGGGCAAGAAGGAGGCGGGGCCUCCUGACGGGGACACGCCCACUCGACCCUGCACCCGACACGGGGGGAUGAGGGACCUGCACGAGUCCAGCUUCAGUCUGUCUGGUAACCAGGUAGACGAUCAUAUUCCAAAGAGGUCUUCAGCCAGGAUUCUGGCGCCCCCUGGUGGCCGGUCCAGCGGCAUCUGGUAACCACGGAAACCACUAUCACCGGGACCAAACAGAGUUUCGCAGCUGUGGUGUGCACACCGUGACCACACACACACACACACACACACUACCGGGCCAGAACACUGAGAAAAAUCUGUCUUUAGUUUGUUUUAAAAAAAGAAAAAAGAAAAAGAAAAACCAAGCCAGAAAACUGCACUGAUUUUAAUAAGGCAAGUGAUUUAAUUUAGGAAAUCUGUUUUAACCGCAAAAAACCUACCACAACUACAAAUAAGAUAAAUAUUCGAAAGACCAAACAAGACAAAACAAAAAUAUAAUAAUAUUGCACUGUUUUGUAAUUGGAAGUGAACACUGCUCCUCGAUGCACAGUGACUGAUCCAAAUUUUGUGUAUGAUUUGGAAUGAUUGGGAAUGAAUCCUAAAAACGUGUGUUAGUGAAAAUGACACGAUCAUUUACAAGUGAUCUCUAUCCAUUGUGGAAAAAGAGUAUAUAUAUAUAACAUAUAUGUUCUCUUAGUUGUGGUUCUAAUAGGUUAUACAAUGGAACAGUACCUUUUACCAGUAUGGUUGUAAGACAAGUCCGAAAAUAAAUUGCGCCUGCAUUGGUCUUUUUUUUUUUCACGAAAUGCCUGGCACAAGAGGACGUUUUGUUGAAUAUCUCUGAAUGACAUAUAUAUAUAUAUAUAUAUAUAUAUAUAUAUGUUUUAAAAAAAAAACAGUACAGUUUUUUUGGUUGGGUUGCUAAAAUCGGUGUUGACUGGAGUUAUUUAACAAUACUAGAAGUUGAAAAAUGCAUAGCGCUAAUAGAUGUAGAAUAGUCAUAAUUGCAAACGUGCUUUUUGUCAUCGUGUCUUCUCGUUGCCACGGAUACGUCUGAGAAAGUGAAAUCCUCCCAGUUUACAUCUGUGUGAUUGCUGCUUCCUGAGAUUUCCCACCCUGGGAAGCUACAAUCUUCCUUCAAGCUCUGCACCCCGCUAACCUUUGUGUUCUUUUGUUUUGUUUUUUUGUUUAUGGUUGUUCUAGCUGCAGCAUCAGGCAGUUGGUUCUUGCCCUUUUUAAAAUAUGAUCCAUUACUUCCUGUUAUGACAUUUUAGGGCAUUGUUCUUGUUGUUGUGUAUCACCCAGUGGCACUUAUAAUUUCAAUUCCAAUUCUCUCUCUCUCUCUUUCUCUGAUCGUUUUUUUGUUAUUUUUCGUGAUGAAGCUUAAAUGUGGUGAUGAAGUCCAGCUGCUUCGAUAUGUAUCUCUUGACAUCUUCGGCUUUCUCCAGAAAGCGUGGGGAA